CCAGCGUUGCAUGGUGGGGUCGUGGCCUGGACGGACCCUCCCAAGCCCCCCAAACCCUCUCCCCAUCCGUCUUCCUCGUGCUCUCCGCCCCUCCCCUCCCCUCCCCUCCCCUCCUUAUACGCCCCCGCCCCGAGCUCUCCUCCCCCAUUCCGCCGCAUUGCGUCGCGCACACGGGCAAGCGGGGACAGCCGGCAGCAGAUCUUCCAGACAGAGGAGAUGGCGGCCGCGUCCUUCACCGCCGCCAAGUUCCUGGCGCCGGCGGCGGCCAGAUCCGGCGGCGACCGGGCGCGGCCCUUCCCCGCGCCGUCCGCGUCCUCCAUGCGCCCGCUCCGCCACAGGCCGGCCCGGCGCCUGGGCUCCGUCCUGGCCGUCUCCUCCGACGUGCUCAAGGCCGCGCCCGCCGCCGCCGCGUACCCGGCGGUGACCCGGGAAGAGGCGUUGGAGCUGUACGAGGACAUGAUCCUCGGCCGGAACUUCGAGGACAUGUGCGCGCAAAUGUACUACCGUGGCAAGAUGUUUGGUUUCGUCCAUCUUUACAACGGGCAGGAGGCCGUCUCCACCGGCUUCAUCAAGCAGCUGAACCAACCUGACUGUGUUGUUAGCACGUACCGUGACCACGUCCACGCGCUGUCCAAGGGUGUCCCGGCCCGUGCAGUCAUGGCCGAGCUCUUUGGCAAGGCCACUGGCUGCUGCCGCGGACAGGGUGGUUCCAUGCACAUGUUCUCUGAGCCCCACAACCUCCUUGGAGGCUUUGCCUUCAUUGGAGAGGGCAUCCCUGUCGCCACUGGCGCUGCCUUUGCCGCCAAGUACCGCCAUGAGGUGCUCAAGCAGUCUAGCCCUGACGGGCUUGAUGUCACGCUUGCAUUCUUUGGGGACGGUACCUGUAACAACGGCCAGUUCUUUGAGUGCCUGAACAUGGCUCAGCUGUGGAAGCUUCCGAUUAUUUUUGUUGUGGAGAACAACCUAUGGGCAAUCGGGAUGUCUCACCUCAGGUCUACUUCAGAUCCCGAGAUCUGGAAGAAGGGCCCGGCAUUCGGAAUGCCUGGUGUACAUGUCGAUGGGAUGGAUGUCCUGAAGGUCAGGGAGGUGGCUAAGGAGGCAAUUGACAGGGCCAGGAGAGGUGAAGGACCAACUCUAGUGGAAUGUGAAACUUACCGGUUCAGAGGCCACUCUCUUGCUGAUCCAGAUGAACUCAGGAGGCCUGAUGAGAAAUCUCACUACGCUGCAAGGGACCCCAUCACAUCCCUAAAGAAGUACAUCAUCGAGCAGAACCUCGCGUCCGAAGCCGAGCUGAAGAGCAUCGAGAAGAAGAUUGACGACGUCGUGGAAGAGGCCGUGGAGUUCGCUGACGCGAGCCCGCUCCCCCCACGGAGCCAGCUGCUGGAGAACGUGUUUGCCGAUCCCAAGGGCUUCGGCAUAGGCCCCGACGGCAAGUACAGGUGCGAGGACCCGAAGUUCACGCAAGGCACAGCGCAAGUCUAAGGGCCGCUGCUGCAGAAGCAGCUUGUUUACGCCUUGUUUCUCAUGCACUACCUCUCUAGCUACCCCGCCCCUAGUUUUGUCGAUCCCGCUGUCGAUUUCUUGUGUUGUUAGAGGUCAUCUAUCACUGUAAUUCAUUGCUCGCUGUGCUACCGCGCGGCGGCUGAUGCCCCCAGUUUUUUUUUACCCAAGAAAAUGUUCACCAGUCCAGUUGUUGUUCUACAGUAACUCUACAUCUGUCUGGUUUGUAGUAAUUGGUACAGAUAUUGGAAGAGAUGUGAAACAUGAUAGUAUCUGUUGAAACUGCUCUA